UCCCCUCCGCCGUCCUCCCAGUCCCGGGCACACCCGUCUCUGUAGGCCGAGCUUUCCCCGGCAAUGUGUUUAAGCAGCGGCCCAGCGAGCUCCAGGGGAGGGAGGGUAGAGGCCUAGUCUACACGGCUCGGCCGUCUGUUUACAUCCCCGGCCUGCUGGUCUAAGAGAGCGCCCGGCUCCGGAGCACGGUACAGGCCUGUCUGUGGAGGAUUUCUGUCUCUGAGUCAUGGCAGACAGAAGACUGGCAUAUCCCUGUGAACAAGCAUGUGACUCUUUCAGAAGACUGGACUACGAAUCAACGGUGACACAUUGUACGGAAUGUCUCCUUUCUCUCAUCCACUACAAGAGCACACACCCCUCCAAGGCCAACUCCACGCACAUCAACCGCAUAAAGAUAGAGAGCCUGCUCUACCGAAUAGCCUCUUUUUUACAGCUGAAAAACUAUGACCAAGCAGAUGAAGACUGCAAACUUGUUCUGGGGCCGGGGCGAACACAGUUGGACGCCUCUGUUCAUGCUGUACUUUGCUCUUUGCACCUUGAAGGAAAGCUUCAGAUCGUGUCUAGUGUAUUAUCCAAAACUCUUAUCGGGGAACCACUGAAUGGAAUGGUAACUAAGGAUCUGUCACGGUUAAAGAUUCUGCUUUCUGAAAUCGAGAGUGUCGGAAACACAAUCCGCCCUGGUUACCACCUGGAGGAGUUAGAUGAUGGUACUCAGGAUGGGUGGCACUUUCGUCCCCCACCACGGGGUGUUACUAGCAGCGAGGAGUAUACACUGUGUAAAAGAUUCUUGGAACAGGGAAUUUGCCGUUAUGGAGCGCAGUGCACAUCGGCACACUCACAAGAGGAGCUGGAGGAGUGGCAGAAGCGAUAUGCCUCACGCCUCAUCCGCCUCAAGCAGCAGAAAGAAAAUACACAGUGUUCAGGCAGCUACAUGGAGUCACUGAUUGAGAAAUGGAUGAAUUCUUUAUCACCGGAGAAAGUACUCAGUGAAUGUGUGGAAGGUAUACGAGUGGAGUACAGUCCUGAUCUUUCAGUCAUCGUUACCACCAAAAAAUCUCAGCAGACAUGGACGUUUCUCCUCACAUGUAAGCCCGCACGAAUGCUUCAACGCGUGGCAUUGUUGUACGAUGCGCACAGACCUCAUUUCAGUAUCGUGGCAAUAUCUGCUGGAGACGGCAACACUCAAGUUUCCCAGGAAGUGCCGGAGAGUUGUCAGGAGUGGGUCGGUGAGAACAUGACUCAAAACGGGAUUGAUUAUUACUUGUACAAAGUAGUUAUCACGUUUACCACUGAAAUAUUUGGAACGUUUCGCCAGACGGUAGUGUUUGACUUUGGAGUGGAGCCGGUGCUCAUGCAGAGAAUCAUGGUGGACGCUGCUUCAACUGAAGAUCUUGAAUACUUGAUGCACGCCCGUCAGCAGCUGCUAACGACGGCAAAGCGCUGGGACUCCAUGUCAAAAACGAUUGUAGAAUUUGAGCCUAAUGAAACUACUGAAUUAGAGAGGAGUCUCCUCAGCCGAUACCAAAUUCCCCUCUCUGCUGACCAGCUGUUUACACAGUCUGUCCUGGACAAAUCACUGACCAAGGGGAACUAUCAGUCAAGAUUACACGAUCUGCUGUAUAUUGAAGAGAUUGCACAGUAUAAGGAAGUCAGCAAGUUCAACAUCAAAGUUCAGUUGCAACUAGUGGCAAGUUUCAUGCUGACUGGAGUUUCAGGAGGGGCUAAGUAUGCCCAGAACGGUCAGCUUUUUGGUCGCUUUAAGCUCACAGAGACACUUUCUGAAGACACUUUGGCCGGUAGGCUAGUGAUGACCAAAGUCAACGCGGUAUAUUUAUUACCGGUCUCGAAGGAGAAGUCUGUGCAGAGUCAAGGAAGCAAAGAGAAAGUGUUUGAGGCAGUUAUUGAGGAGAAAACAAAGGACUACAUCUUCCUGAGAAUAUGCAGGGAUUGCUGUGAAGAGCUGCGGCUUCGAGCUGACCGAGAGAUGCAGGUUGAACUCCAAUUCCAGCUGAACAGACUGCCUUUGUGUGAAAUGCACUAUGCCUUGGACAGGAUAAGAGAUAAUGGUAUUCUCUUUCCAGAUCUGAGCCUGACACCCCCUAUACCAUGGAGCCCAAAUAGACAGUGGGAUGAACUUUUAGAUCCACGGCUGAAUGCUAAGCAAAAGGAAGCCAUAUUGGCUAUCACUACACCCCUCUCCAUUCAGCUGCCACCUGUUUUAAUCAUCGGUCCCUAUGGAACUGGCAAGACAUUUACCUUGGCUCAGGCUGUGAAGCAUAUCCUUAAACAGCAAGAUACCAGUAGGGUUCUAAUUUGCACCCAUUCCAACAGUGCUGCUGACCUAUAUAUCAAGGACUAUUUACAUCCGUAUGUUGAAACAGGGAAUCCACAGGCUAGGCCACUCAGGGUAUAUUUUAGAAAUCGUUGGGUGAAGACUGUGCACCCGCUUGUACACCAGUACUGUCUGAUCUCUAGCACGCAUUCCACCUUUCAAAUGCCCCAGAAAGAAGACAUACUACGACACCGGGUGGUGGUAGUGACUCUCAGCACCUCACAGUAUCUUUGUCAGCUGGAUCUCGACCCUGGUUUUUUUACACACAUCCUGUUGGAUGAAGCGGCACAAGCUAUGGAGUGUGAAACUAUCAUGCCCCUCGCUCUGGCCAAUAAAAACACUCGGAUCGUAUUGGCUGGAGACCAUAUGCAGCUCAGUCCAUUUGUCUACAGCGAGUUUGCAAGAGAGCGAAACCUCCAUGUGUCUUUACUUGACCGCCUGUAUGAACAUUACCCUGUGGAUUUCCCAUGUAGGAUCCUGUUAUGUGAGAACUACCGCUCACAUGAGGCCAUCAUCAAUUACACUUCUGAGCUGUUUUACGAGGGAAAGCUCAUGGCCAGCGGCAAGCAGCCGGCGCAUAAGGAUUUUUACCCUCUAACGUUUUUCACUGCACGAGGAGAGGAUGUUCAGGAGAAGAACAGCACAGCUUUCUUCAACAAUGCUGAGGUGUUUGAAGUGGUAGAACGCGUUGAGGAGCUGAGGCGUAAAUGGCCAGUGGCGUGGGGCAAGCUAGAUGAUGGUAGCAUUGGUGUGGUAACCCCAUAUGCAGAUCAGGUGUUCCGGAUCCGAGCUGAGCUUCGCAAGAAGCGCUUGUCAGAAGUUAGUGUGGAAAGAGUGCUGAAUGUCCAGGGGAAACAGUUCAGAGUCCUGUUCCUCAGCACAGUCCGGACCAGACACACAUGCAAACACAAACAGACGCCAAUCAAACGCAAGGAGCAGCUCUUGGAAGAUUCCACCGAAGAUUUGGACUAUGGCUUCCUGUCCAAUUAUAAACUCCUGAACACAGCCAUUACUCGGGCCCAGUCACUGGUGGCUGUGGUUGGAGACCCCAUCGCCUUGUGCUCUAUUGGAAGAUGCAGGAAGUUUUGGGAGCAGUUCAUUACUAUUUGCCACGAAAAUAGAAGUCUUCACGGCAUCACAUUUGAGCAGAUCAAAUCCCAGUUAGAGGCCUUAGAGUUAAAGAAAACCUAUGUGCUGAACCCCCUGGCACCAGAAUUCAUUCCACGGGCGCUCAGGCAUCAGCACUCUGCAAAUGCCUCCAAACAGCAGCAGUCCCCUCCAAAGGGAAAAGGGCAUCACAAUCAGAACGAGCACUUUCAAGGCGAAGGAAUGGUUCAGCCCAACCCGUCUGUACUGAUUGGCAAUCCUAUCCGAGCAUAUACUCCUCCCAUGGGUCCACAUGCAAAUAUGGGCAAAUCACCCAGUCCUGUGCAGAGAAUAGAUCCUCACACCGGUACCAGUAUCCUGUAUGUACCAGCCGUCUAUGGGGGCAAUAUGGUCAUGUCCGUGCCUUUACCAGUGCCGUGGCCGCCCAACUACCAGGGUAGGUUUCCAGUUGACCCUCGGCUCAUGACCCAUCCAGCUAUGGCCUAUAACAUGAACCUUCUCCAGGGGCACGGACGGGGGUCUCCCAUCCCUUUCGGGCUUGGCCACCACUCGCCAGUCAAUGUUGGGCAACAAAUUCAACACACCGACAAGGAUCAACAUGAACUGAGCCGCAAUGGUAAAAGUGAGAACAAUCAAUCAGCCGAGAUGAAUAAGCUGCGAACCCCAGAAAAGAAGCCACUGGACUGUAAACAGGUUGACUUGGACCCAAAUGCACAAACAAGAAGUCCUGAGUCUCGAGCCAACCUUGGUUUCCCCAAUCCUAAAUUUCAUCGUAAAGAUAAUCCGAAUCAGAGGCCAAUGAAUAUGCACCUGACUCCCCCACACCCUCAGUACACAAUGCCGAACCGAAACUUCCAACAUGUAUCUCCGUUACAGCGGCCACAGUACUCUCUACAGCAACAACAGAAUCUUAUAUCCCAGCAACAGAACCAUCUAUCUGAACUGCAGAACCAGUUACCUCCUCCACCUCCCCCUCAACAUAACCAUUUAAUUCAGCAGCCUCCACCCCAAUCCUCCCAGCUCUCUCCUGCCUUCCAGCCAAGCCCUAAUCAGUCCUUCUUCAAUAACCCUAUUCCACACCGGCCCCCAUCUCCCAGUGUAGAUGGUAUGAUCCCUGAGCAGCCGCCUCUGCCACCUCCCAUGCUACAAGACGUCGGUAACUCACUAAGGUCUGCCACUCAUCACAAUCCCCUUAUGUCUUCACACAUCAACAACUACAUAGAGGACGGGCCUCAAGCAAUGGGUGCGGGAGAAGCUUUAGAUCGCAUGCAUGGCAAUGUAGCUUUGGAGACAUUGAGGCAGCAGCAGCAGACUAGGAUACAGCAAUGGAACGAACAUAAUGCCUUUCUGAGCCAAGCCAACAUGGCAUACCCACACCACCCCCACAUGCAAGCAAUGGGUCUGGCCCAACAGCAGCUCGUACGCCCCAAUUGGAAGAUUCCCAGUAGUGGAGAAGAGGAAGCUGAGACCACUUAUACCAGGAUCCAAGAUUUUCUUCUUCGGGAAUUGUCUCAGCAUGACCACAGCGGGGAUAAUAGAGACCUCACGGAGAUGCCUCCUCCACAGUCUAGGCUGUUACAGUACAGACAAGUACAACCCAGAAGCCCACCAGCACUUGCUUCCCCUUCCUCCAAUCACAGUGGUCACUAUCCAACCUUCAGCGAAAACAGCCGAGAUAUGGACAUCACUAACAGCCCCGCUUUCCCACAGCACAUGGCAAAUGUGUACAGCAGCCCCUAUACAAUGCCAUCAGAACACAUGACACCCCCUCCACCAAUGAAAUACCUGCAGCAUGACGGAUCCUGGGCAUAUGCCAACAUUCAACAAAAUCCUUUAAUGGGGCUAGGGUUUCAUUAUGGCAUGCCCCCUAUACAGCACAGACCACCACAGAACCCAUUUAUUCAUGUACAGAACCAUCAACAAUCAGCUGGUCAGGAAGCAUUUCACCCACCCGCCCCCCGCGCAGUAUCCACAUCAUCACUCCACAAUCUAGAAGAGUAUGAACCUAGAGGACCCGGCAGGCCGCUGUACCAAAGAAGAAUCUCUGCCAGCUCGGCACAUGCAGGUCCUGAUGAAUUGGCCGUUUGUCAAGAAAACCUUGCACAGUGUAAAGAAAUUCAAGACCCCACUAAGCCUCCUUCAUACAACUAUUCAUCUCCAGAGCUCUGGGUCAAUGCUGCAUCAUCAGUCCCUUAUCAGAACAUUCCGUGCAACGGAUCCAAUCCAUCGGGAACGCCCAGGGACAUGUUAGUUCCUCCACAGAAAAUGUCAAAAGCUCCAGACGAUCAUCUGAAAUCAGAAAACAUACAGAUGUCAAACUCAUUCAACUACAAUGUUCUCCAGCACCUGGGCCAGUUUCCCCCUCUCAUGUCCAACAAACAGAUUGUAGAGCCCAAUGGAGCUAUAGCUGUCCAGCAGAAUGCAGGCUCCAACAAGCCCACCAUGUCUUACGCAAGUGCCCUGCGUGCCCCUCCAAAACCCAAACCCCCGCCAGAACAGGCAAAAAAAAAUAGCGACCCUUUGUCUUUAUUUCAGGAACUUAGCUUAGGGAGUUCAUCAGGUAACAAUGGCUUCUAUUCUUAUUUUAAGUAGAUCCCUUUCUCUCUGCUGUUCGUGUUUUGUUUUUAUACAAUUUAUUUUCUUUUUUGUCAUUUUGUAGAAAGACCCUGUUUUAGCUUUGGUUAAUGAGUAAACAAUAGCCUCACCUGUA